UAAGGAAUCCCAACAACUACGUGUUCAAUAAGUCUACCACUUGUUCUUCUUUCCUCUCCAUAAAAUAUCAUACGCAUAAAUAAGAUAGACUUCUUUCAUAACAUUUUCUACCAAAAGAAAAUAUCAAACCCUUACAUCUUUCAUUUAUCAAAACCAUCAUCAUCGUCUUCGUCGUACCAGAAAAGAAGUAAUCUCGCAAAAUGAGUCCGGUGGUUGCAUAUCAAUUGGCGACAGGUUUGAGUGUAUUAGUCGGAGCAGUCCUUGUAAAAACAGUAAUGGAUAAACCAAUGGCAGGACCAAUGACGCGGUGCCCAAGCUGUAAUGGCACAGGAAGAGUAAACUGUAUGUGUUCGCGAUGGUCCGAUGGAGAUGUUGGUUGUCGAUCGUGUGCUGGUUCAGGGCGCAGUGCUUGCAGUAGUUGCGGCGGGUCUGGUACCGGUCGACCGUUACCAGUGCAAGUUUCAGUACGUCCUCCGAGUAAUCCAAGACCUUAUUAAUUCAUUCAUGGGGGUAUCAAAAUUUCUGUCCUAUAUAUAUAUUUUUUUCUUUUUCGGUUUUAAUUUCUGUUGAUGUUUAAUUUUCAGAAACUUGUAAAAUAUUAUGUGAGAUACACAACACAAUUUGGUUUAGUAGUGUAAAAUGGAUGGAAUCCUUGUGAGAUUUGGAUGUGUUUACAAAUUUUGUUCAUUUUAGGGUUCAUCAGUUGGAAUUCUACUUGCAAUGAAUCAAUUGAACUGAAAAAAAUUGAAAUAUUAGCUUAAGUGGAAUUCCUAUUAGGUAUUAGAUUUACUUAGAAAAUAAUCACCAUGAUUAAUGAAAAGCUGUGGUUGACAUCAAUGGAAGAAACAGUCUUAUCUUCU